CUGUCUCUCGCUGGCUGGGCGGUGGGGAGGGAAGGAAAGGAAAGGAAAGGGGGGGGCGCUCGGCCCUGCGCACUGAGGGAUGUUUGUCCGCCAUCGCGGCGGAGGAGGAGGGUGAAGGAAGCGCCGCCGCCGGAGCGAGGGGCCUGCGCCGCCGCCUCGCCCCUCGCCGCCGCCUCCCCCGCCGCUCCCCCUCCCCCCAUUCCUCGGCGCGGCCCGACUCGGCUGGGCCUUCCCGCCCUCCGCGCAGCCCCGGGGGCCGCAGCCUGGAGUGAAGGUCGCCAGCGGCCUCCGCUGUCCGGCCCCCGGCCCCCCUCCCUUGGUCUGCCGUCCCGUCGCGCAUUCCCCGGCGCCCCUCCGGACGGGAGGAGCCGCCGCCCCCGCCGGGCCCGAAGAUGUCGAACCUGAGCAAGGGGACGGGCAGCCGGAAGGACACCAAGAUGCGGAUCCGAGCCUUCCCCAUGACUAUGGAUGAGAAAUAUGUGAACAGCAUUUGGGAUCUUCUGAAGAAUGCAAUCCAGGAGAUACAGCGGAAGAACAACAGUGGCCUCAGCUUUGAGGAGCUGUACAGGAACGCAUAUACGAUGGUAUUGCAUAAACAUGGCGAGAAACUCUACACUGGACUAAGAGAAGUGGUCACUGAGCAUCUAAUAAACAAGGUGCGAGAUGAUGUGUUAAACUCCUUGAAUAACAACUUCCUACAAACAUUAAAUCAAGCGUGGAAUGAUCAUCAGACAGCAAUGGUGAUGAUUAGAGAUAUUCUGAUGUAUAUGGAUCGUGUGUAUGUGCAGCAGAAUAAUGUGGAGAACGUCUACAACUUGGGCCUGAUUAUUUUCCGCGACCAAGUUGUCCGCUACGGCUGUAUCAGGGAUCACCUGCGGCAGACUCUGCUGGAUAUGAUUGCGAGAGAAAGGAAAGGAGAAGUUGUAGACAGAGGCGCAAUAAGAAAUGCUUGCCAGAUGUUAAUGAUUCUAGGUCUUGAAGGAAGAUCAGUCUAUGAGGAGGACUUUGAGGCUCCGUUUUUGGAGAUGUCUGCAGAAUUUUUUCAGAUGGAAAGUCAGAAAUUUUUAGCUGAAAACAGUGCUUCUGUAUAUAUAAAGAAAGUAGAAGCUAGAAUUAAUGAAGAAAUAGAACGGGUGAUGCACUGUCUGGAUAAAUCAACCGAAGAACCAAUUGUGAAAGUGGUUGAGAGGGAGCUUAUUUCCAAGCAUAUGAAAACUAUAGUGGAAAUGGAGAACUCUGGGCUAGUUCAUAUGCUGAAAAAUGGGAAGACAGAAGACCUUGCCUGCAUGUACAAGUUGUUCAGCCGUGUGCCAAAUGGUCUGAAGACAAUGUGUGAGUGCAUGAGCUCGUACCUGAGAGAGCAAGGCAAAGCACUAGUUUCUGAAGAAGGAGAAGGAAAGAACCCAGUUGACUACAUUCAGGGUUUACUGGAUUUGAAGAGCAGGUUCGACCGCUUCCUGCAAGAAUCCUUCAAUAACGAUCGACUCUUCAAGCAGACUAUUGCGGGCGACUUCGAGUACUUCCUAAACCUCAACUCUAGGUCUCCAGAGUACCUCUCAUUAUUUAUUGAUGAUAAGCUCAAAAAGGGAGUCAAGGGACUAACAGAGCAAGAAGUAGAAACUAUCCUGGAUAAGGCAAUGGUUUUAUUUAGGUUUAUGCAAGAGAAAGAUGUUUUUGAACGCUAUUACAAGCAGCACUUGGCAAGAAGGCUUCUCACAAACAAGAGUGUUUCAGAUGACUCUGAGAAAAAUAUGAUAUCUAAAUUAAAGACUGAAUGUGGAUGUCAGUUUACAUCUAAACUGGAAGGAAUGUUCAGGGACAUGAGCAUCUCAAACACAACGAUGGACGAGUUCAGGCAGCAUCUUCAGGCAACUGGGGUCUCAUUAGGUGGUGUUGAUCUCACAGUGCGGGUCCUCACAACAGGUUAUUGGCCUACUCAGUCAGCCACACCAAAGUGCAACAUCCCUCCAGCCCCCCGGCAUGCUUUUGAAAUAUUUAGAAGGUUUUAUUUAGCCAAACACAGCGGGCGACAGCUGACACUCCAGCACCAUAUGGGUUCUGCAGAUCUCAACGCCACGUUCUACGGGCCUGUUAAAAAGGAAGAUGGCUCAGAGGUUGGCGUAGGAGGCGCCCAAGUGACCGGCUCAAACACGCGGAAGCACAUAUUGCAAGUCUCCACCUUCCAGAUGACGAUAUUAAUGCUCUUUAACAACAGAGAAAAAUACACAUUUGAGGAAAUCCAACAAGAAACUGAUAUCCCUGAAAGAGAGCUGGUUCGAGCCCUGCAGUCCUUGGCGUGCGGCAAACCGACGCAACGUGUCCUCACAAAGGAGCCUAAAUCAAAAGAAAUAGAGAAUGGUCACAUAUUUACAGUGAAUGAUCAGUUCACCUCCAAACUACACAGAGUCAAGAUUCAGACAGUUGCUGCCAAACAAGGAGAAUCUGAUCCAGAAAGGAAAGAAACAAGGCAGAAAGUAGAUGAUGACAGGAAACAUGAGAUAGAAGCUGCUAUAGUUCGGAUAAUGAAAUCUAGGAAGAAGAUGCAACACAAUGUGCUAGUAGCAGAGGUAACUCAGCAGCUGAAGGCUCGAUUCUUACCAAGUCCAGUUGUUAUCAAAAAACGUAUUGAAGGACUUAUUGAGAGAGAGUAUUUGGCGCGAACGCCCGAGGAUCGCAAAGUGUACACUUACGUAGCGUAAAGCGCGUUCGGAAGGUUGGGUUUGCCCUUGGACUGUACUCUUCGCAUGAACUGGGAAGUUCUUUUAAAUCAUUAAUAUUAAGACGACCAUCUCUUCUAUUAAAUUACAUGUUCUAGACCGUUCAGAUCAAGCCUUUUACUCCUUUGGAGAGUUUUCAACAUCAAAUUGAUUGAGCUUCAGGCUUUCCAACGUUACCCCUGUUAGACGUCAUCCUUACAAUCCUUUGGGGCGGGGCGGGGGGGGAGAAAAAAAACCCAAUGUGAAUGUGCCGCGUUUGUUUUCGAUACUGUAUGAAAACAGGAAGAGAAAUAAAAGAUGAGAUUUAGAAAACACAGCUCAUUGAAAGCAAAACAAAACAUACAGACAAAAUAUACCCCACGCAAAUAAAAUGGUUGGAAUUUCAUUUCCCCAGGUCUUCAGUGUCGCUGUAACCGUGUGUCCGUAGUGUCGCUUAGCGCUUCGCGCGGUGUACGAGUUGGGUUUGAAAAGAAGCCACAACUGGUAAAGCAAAAACCCCCUUUUCUUUUGCCCUGCUUCAGAUCUUUCUUUUAACUAUGUUUAAUUUAAAUGUUUGGCAAAUUUUGGGUUGGGUUUUGGUUGGUUUUUUGUUUUUUGAAGACCCAAGAAGACAACUCGAGCAUGUUUCACCCUUCCCGGCUGCACUCAACUCUUCCACGCCAACGUGAAUCGGAAACUUCUGGGGGCUCAAAAAAUAGGAGAAGAAGAAAGACCAUAAAUAAUUUUGGCUUUCCCUCUGUAAUUUGAGUUCUUCAAAAUUAAAACUCUAUCUUGAUUAGGUUUGUUCUGGUUUCUUCAUAGGAAAACAGGAGAAGAUUUUAGUGUGUAUAAACUGUAUAAUAAUUUUUGCUGUUGUACUCACUGCUGAUGGUGGAUUGUACAGGGCGAUGUUUUUAUUUCACUCAAUGUAGACAAAAAUAAAUUUAAAAUAAAUGGAUUUAGUGUACACAA